UUAUUUAUUUAUUUAUGGCAUUAAGACUUAUUUUUUGUUGCAAUUUUCCAAUAUUGUAUUGUAAUUGACAAUGUGGGGAGUUAGAAGUUUUUGCCCAUGACAAUUAAGCUUUUCUGGGUUAAAAAAUUCAAAGUUGUUCGUCUUGUUGUGCAAGUGAAUAAUUAGAUUUUGUCGAUUAAUUAUUUUUAUCUGAUCUAUUUAUGUCAUUAUAUAAGGGUUUUUUGUCAUAUGGAUGUCAACUAGCUAGGAUGUUCAAUUGAUCUUUUUCUGUAAUUGUGCCUUCUUUGGACCAAAAGAGAAGGAUAAUUUGCUUUUGUGUAGAUUGGUUUGGUGACUUGUUAUUGAGCUAUUUGAAUGUAGUCUGUAAUGUAGCUCACAUGACUCAAUUUAGUGUCUCAAAUGUCUUUUUAAAAUAAAACGAUCUGACACGCAUACUUUUGUACGAAUUAUGUAGGAGAAAGUAGAUAGAGGAGUGAAGGAUAAGCAUAUUCUAUUAAACUUUAGAAGAAGAAUAAAUGUUGUUGUAUUAAGACUUUUAACAUUAAUGAAUUUCAUUGAUGUGAAUCUUAGCCAUUUUUGUCUGACUGUUUAGCUUGUUAUUUGACAAGUCUUUAUAUGUGUAGGUUUAUGUAUACUGUUAAUGUGGUGGUAUAGAACUAUAGAUGAAAGAGUCGUGUACUAUAAUAACAAAUGGAAAGUGAAGAUUUUAAUGUUGUUGUUCGUGUAUCGUGUAAUUAGUCUUCUUGUUAUUUGGGUUUGUACAACAGUAUAUGGUUGAGGUGGUCAGUAAUGAUGGCUAAUGUAUCUUCCAUAUUGCUUACAACUGCACAAUUUUUUUUCAAUGGAGGAUGUUUUAUACUACAAGCCUCAUUUUGAGCAAUUAUUGAAGGAGUCAGGGAACUUCAACAAGAGCUUUCAGUCUCCGCCUACAAGUCUACUGGCUGAAAAUUAAAGUCACCUGAUAUGAAGCCUCAGUUGACAAGGUCACCAAGCAAAGCCGCGAGCAUGUUUUUAGGGACUCAAGAAAAAUGUACAACUUGUUCCAAAACUGUUUACCCCAUUGAAAAGGGAGAAUCAACGUCGUCGGAUAACGGCGACCAACCUCAACGGCCGCCCAAAGUCCCUAGGAUCGAAGAAGAAGAACAACAAGUUGAAAGCAUGAAGCCACCAAAACCUGGAUUACAGCGUUAUCUUGUUGCUUUUGAAUAUAUUGGCACCCAUUUUUCCGGCUCUCAGCAACAACGCGAUCAGAGAACUGCUGUUGGUGUUCUUCAGAAUGCUUUUCAGAAAUUUGUGGGGCAACCAGUUUCAAUCUUUGGCUCUAGUAGAACAGAUGCUGGAGUUCAUGCCUUGUCAAAUGUAUGUCAUGUAGAUGUUGAACGUACUAGUAAGAGGAAGCCAGGUGAAGUGUUGCAACCGCACGAACCUUCUGUUGUUAGAAGAGCUGUGAACCAUUUUUUACAGAAAGAAGGUGACAUAAUGGUUAUUGAUGUACGUAGUGUUCCCUCUGAUUUUCAUGCCAGAUAUAAGGCUCAAGAGCGCACGUAUUAUUAUCGCUUGCUAUCAGGUCAAGAAUCACUGUCAACAUUUGAGAGAGAUCGGGCGUGGCAUGUUCCCGAGGAACUAAACCUUCAAACUAUGCAGGAAGCAUGCAAGGUUCUUGUUGGACACCAUGAUUUCAGUUCAUUCAGGGCUGCUGGUUGUCAGGCUAAGUCUCCCAUUAGAACAUUAGAUGAGCUUCAUGUCACCGAAUCUGUUUCUGUUCCGUAUUUUCCAUCCUUUGUUGAGAGAGAGCAGUGUAAUAUCAGUGUUCAGGAUUCUCCAAACAAUAAUGGAGAAGAGCUCACUGAAUCUUGUCAACAGUUUGGAAUUAGGAGAGGACACCGUUGCUUGGUAGUUAAAGCACGUUCACGCUCCUUUCUAUAUCAUCAGGUGAGGUUGCUCGUUGGUGUUCUCAAGUGUGUUGGCACAGGACAAAUAACAGUUGCUGAUGUGAAAUGUAUCCUGAAUGCAAGAUCCGUUACUGCUGCAAGUCCCAUGGCUCCUGCUUGCGGCUUAUACCUUGGACACGUUAAAUAUGAUUUCAACUGAUGGUGAAUUGUUUUCUGGCUGAAAAAACGGUGCUGAUUUUGACGGAAUUGGUUGGGGUAUUCUUUUCAGAUUUAUGGUACCCGUAUUUUGUUUUGAUCUCCUUUUGUGGGAAAUCUUAUUAGCAGCAUAUUCCAGGAUACUAAGAUUUUGACAUUUAUUCAUUGUUGUUGGCUUUAUAUUUGUGGCAUUAGGAACAAAACAAUUCAAUGGUAUCUUACAAAUUACAAUGUUAAUAUUAACUAAAAAGUUUUCACAAA